GUUCUCUCUUGCACCUCCUCGGUGUUUCCUGGCAUUGUGGUUUACACUCACAGAGAUUAGUCAACUCGUACCGCAGUGUCUUUGCGAAUUACUAGAGAUAGUUAAUAAAAUUAUAGUGCCAAAAAGUGUAUAGCUCUGAACGAAUCAAUUCCUAACGGUCAGUCGAUAACAGUGCGUCGCGUGGAUCAGUCGCAUCGAGCUAAGUGAGUGUCAACUGUCAAGUGCGUUACACGUUCAAGUGCGUGCGAAUGCGUUUACGGUAGCGUUAUAGUGUAGUAUGGAGAGUAAAGUGCACGUGGCGGGGCCGCUACGGGUCGGAAAGAAGAUGCGAAAGAGACGGGAACUGGACGCUUUAGUAGGGGGCGGGGGUGGACGAGGAGGUAGGCUCUUAUCUGCUUCGAGUGAUGAAGGAGAGCCGUGGGGUCGGCGGACGUCGCGUAGACGUCGUUCCCGCCCUUUCCUCCGCCUUGCCGCCGCCCUCGCACUGUGUGUGUGCGUCGUCUCUGCUGCUACAGUUCUAUGGCUUUUCGUUGAUGUGCGGCGACAGAUUGUUUCUCUUCGAAUAGAGAUGGAUAGAGUAUCAACAAGCAGCGAUGGCGUAGGAGACGCACUGCAAGUAUGCCAUACAGCGGCCAAGGAGCUUCGUGCAAAUGCGAGCGAGUUAAGCGCCCGGCUAUCAAAACUGGAACUCGAACACCAGGAGUUGUCAAAGCGCAUGGAACAAGCUGCUGGCGAACUGGCCUCCGUUUCAGAACAACUCUCAGCAGCACCGAAGUUAGCAGACACGCCGAGAAGAUUGGGAGAAUUGCAAAGGAUGGUAGCUGAUUUUGGUUCCCAGAUCAAAGGCUUCGAUGGUGCUCUCACAUCGACUCGGAAGCAAGCUGUUGCAGCAACAACGGGUGUUGAAGAAGUUAAAAAUCUUAUUCACCAGUUGGAAGGGAAGACGAAUGAUACAAUAGCCAACGUGACAGCUAAUGUGAGAAGGGAUGAUGAUUUGAAGAAUCAGAUGACGUCACUGAAUACAACGCUCGUAAACAGGAUAGAUGGGCUACAGACGAAAAUUGAACUACUGAGCAAACCAGUUAUCACACCAGCCCCAGUUACAACGACGACGCCAUCACCUGCUGUUCCUCCAUCCACUGCCGCCGCUAACACCACAUCACCAGGACCUGCUAAGCCGUUCGUGCUGCAGUGAGGAAUAACUCAACGCCUCAAAUUAUAGAAUAAGGGUUGCUCACAAACUUGUCAACGUCCAUACGACAAAUAGGAGAUAUUUCCCGAAAAGCAAAUGCUAGAAAAAUAAUAAACCCUCCAUGGCUAGAAGUGAUAAGGUAAAGAAUAUUUUUCUGAAAUUGGAUUUUUAACCUUGCAACAAAUUAUAUUUUUGUUGUAAGAAGAAGAAAAAUGUAAACCAAAUUUUGGUCUUGUAAGACUCUAGUUAUAUGGAAAGCGGAGGUAAUUUAUUUUCGUCGUAAAUUGUUCUGAAAUUUAGCGCAGUCAUAAGAUCGGGUCGCUUGAAUAGGAUUUAAAUUCUAUAAACUUCGAUUGGAGUAAUGUAAUGUUAUUUGUUUAUAAGUCAUUAAUUAUAUAGAGACGGUCUUUCAACGAAUAAGAUCUCAAUCAAGCCUUAUAAAAUAAUGUAAAACUUUAAGGUCCGUGUAGACUCAUUGAAGUAUUUAAAAUAAAAGAUUCCUUAAAAAUAUUUAAUAUUUCAAAAAGUUCAAUGGAAUAAGUUUGAAAUGACAUGUGAAAAAAAGGUUCUAGAAGAUUUUUUUUCGGCACGACGCGACGGAUGCUCAUCUAACAGUUACGGAGUCUAUACCCACCUUAAUAUUGCAAUAAAUACGUCGAGUGGAAACUCGUUUGAAAAACAAUGUAAAUAAUUUAAUAUUAAUAAUAGAAUAAAAGGUAAUUUUAUGUGAGUGUAGAGAGAUUUACGUACACACUGUGUGUUACCAAGUUGUCAAUAAAAGUGUGAGUUUUAUUACUGUAAUAAAUUAUUGUUAAUA